AUGGCAGACCAGGUGUUACCGUUGGCUGUUGGUCUAUCUGUGGGCAUCCUGCUGCUGCUGCUGCUCUGUCUGGUGGUCUACUAUCUGUGGAGGAGGAGGAGGAGGAAGAGCCAGAGUCAGUACGAGGAGCUGCUCUCUACGGUCCCUUCAGUACCGGCAUGCUCGGCUCCGGUGAUCCUCGUGUCUCAGGCCUCCUGGGCCACACCCAGAGAGAUCCCCUUCACCUUGCCUCCUCGCUUCAUGACACAAAACCACUGUGACCUGAAAAAUGAGGAGAAAGAAGAGGAGGAGAUAAAGAUGGAGGCCCAGAGGGACAUACUAGCUCAUCGUGGGUCACUCUCAGUAAGCAGAUGGUACCCAGUGGGGAAUGUGCUGGCUGGUCUCUACUCUGUUCCUCCUCUGAACGAGGUGGUGGCCCCUCCACCCGGCAUGGCCACCCGUCUCUGCUUCUCUGUGGAGUAUCGACACGGCAGAGAGCAGCUCAUGGUCUCCUUGCUCCGCCUCGGCAACCUUCCUCCACGUUUCCACGGCAACGGCACGCUGGUGGAGCUCCGGCUUCUCCCCGAUGACCGGAGGCCCCGCCAGGCCAAGGCCCGGGGCACGGGGCCCGACCCGGAGUUCAACGACUGCUUCGUUUUCCAGGUGUCAGGAGUGUGUGUGUCUCAGAGCACCCUGAGCGUGUGUGUGCUGAGUGUGGAGCAUGACGGCAAACGCCACGCGGUGGGCAGGGUGCUCUUCCCUCUGGAGGGGGAGCUCGGUCAGGCCGGCAGGGUGCUCUGGAGGGACCUGGAGACGGAGGACGACACACAGUGCUCAGAGCUGGGUGACCUGCAGGUGUCUCUAUGCUACAGUCCAGCUCUGCAGCGCCUCUCUGUGGUGGUUCUGAGGGCUCGAGGCCUGCAGCUGCUCACCGACACAGGUGUGUGUGUCCAGGUGAGCUUACAGAUACACACUCAGGUGGUGAAGAUCAAACGCAGCUGUGUGGUGAAAGGUGAAAGCGACCCCCAUUUCAGCCACAGGAUGACCUUUAAACUCCGCUCGCAGCACCUGGACGAGGCGUGUCUGAGAUUUGAGCUGCAGCAGCCAAGAGACGUCCGCUCAGAGCCUCCGGCCCUACUGGGAGUGCUGGUGUUGGGUCCCUUCAUGUACGCCAGGGGCCCGCAGCUGCAGCACUGGAUGGACAUGGUCAACACGCCGCAGGAGCCGGUCAAACUGUGGCACGGACUGGGCAGAGCCACUUAA